AAUCCUUUUUUUUAUAUGGCCGCGAGUUCGAAAGCUAAUGAAGAGCAAACGGUCCCCAGAAAGAGCUACACACGUAAUCGUAAAGAUGUGAUCAUCGACAAUGGUUCUGUUAGAAGUCCAAUUUGGAUUGAACACAACUCAAAGACAAUAUCAGCAUCUAUGCAGGUGGUGCCUGCGAGAAAAGUUCCAGUUUUGUAUUACCUUUCUCGAAACGGUCAGCUUGAACAUCCUCAUCUUAUUGAUGUUACUCUCUCUUCUCCUCAUGGUCUAUAUCUCAAAGACGUAAUAAACACCUUGAAUCAUCACAGAGGAAAAGGAAUGGCAAACAUGUAUUCAUGGUCUUUCAAACGGAGCUACAAAAACGGAUACGUAUGGCACGAUGCAUCAGAUGACGACAUGAUUCAGCCUACAAACGGCAACGACUAUGUCAUUAAAGGAUCAGAGCUUCUCCAAACACAAACACCUCAAAUUGAAUCAGAUACCCGCCAUACUGGUGACAACUACUGUGGUUCUGCGUUAAUAACUACAUCAGUACGACGAAACCAAUCAUGGAGCUCAUUCGACAAUCCUCAGGAUUAUGUAGUCCUCAAAUGCGAGUCAAACAGAGAGCUCGCAGCUAAGUUUGCUCCUGAUACUACAAUAAUACAGGAACAAAGGAGUGAGGAAAACGUCACUGUGGACCCCAGUAAUGAUGAGAUACCAUCCCCACCUCCUUCAAAUUCAAGUUCAGAUGUUUUGGACACGGUGGUCAGUGGAUCGGGAUUUGUUGAUAGGAGGGAGAAAGUGAUCAUUAGAGAUCGUGACCCUGCGGUUGAUAAUGAUGAUCAGCAGCGUGGUAGUGGGCGGAUGAAAGCUUCACAGGUUUUUCUGCAGAUGAUAUCUUGUGGAGCUGGCUCUGUUAGGGUGUAGCUGAGUACUAUGGUAACUAAUUUAACAUUUUAAGAAGUGAAACACAGGAUCAUUAAGUUAAUGAUAAGUAUUUAAAGAGAGCAGCAGAUUGGUCAAUUCUAUAGUUUACUCUAUAUUAAGCAAUUCUAAGGUUCUUAUGCUAUAUUGUUUUAAAGCAUUUCAUCCAACAUUCGCUGUGCAUC